AUGAAUAAAGGAAUAGACACUAUUAAGAGUGUGGUGUUAACGCCAUCAGAAGAAUUGGCGAACUUUUGUUCGCCAACUAAUUUAAAAUUAUCGCCUCAAAAACUUACCUUCCACAGAAGGAUUGCAAAAGGAUCGUUUGGAGUGGUUUAUUUGGUAACAGAUCAGUAUGGAACGAAAUAUGCAGUCAAAAGAUCAAAAAAAUUUGGCAAAAAACGCUCUAGAGAGUUGGUUAAUUUGGGUAUUUGCAAUGGAGCCAGAAAUGUAAUAAAGUAUUAUGGGUCGUUUUACACAUUGGACCCGUAUGGAAAUUGCAUACAAAAUUGUGUAUUGGAAUAUAUGCCAUGCAACCUGAGGACUUGUAUACUUCUAUUUAAAAGAAAAUUGAGUGAAAGAAUGUAUAAUAAUGACAUGGUAGCAAAAAAUGUUGACACAAGUUAUGCCUUAACUAAUGACUCUCUAUACUCAAGUGAUGAUUAUUCAACCGAGGAUGUUAUUAAUAAGUUUAUUGAAAUAGCAAGAAAUGUGGCGAUUGGCAUAAAUGAAAUACAUCAAAGAGGAUUAAUUCAUAGAGAUUUGAAGCCAGACAAUAUUCUGAUUGAUACGGCUAUAAAUCCUAAUCACAUUAGAAUAUGUGACUUAGGCUCAUCAAAACAGUUCACUCGAACAUUUUAUGUUCAUGAUACUGGAAGUGAUACCAGUAUUAACAAUAAUAAUAAUGGAUCUGGAUCGAAAGACGCAUACCCCUUGAAUAGAAAAUAUUCAUUAGCCAACCCAUUCAAAACAGUCUCGACACCUUAUAUCUGCUCAAGAUGGUAUAGAGCUCCAGAACUUUUAUUCGCAUUUGGAUGUAUAUGUGCAGAAAUUUUACUACUGAAACCAUUGUUCGCACCAAAACAAAACCAUGAAUCGAUACAAGUUCUUAAAAUCAUUGACAUCCUCGGAACUCCAAACAAAAACGAUAGUAACAAAAGAAUGGAAGUAGAUGUAAACACUAAAGCUGAAAGCUGUAAUAGCAGUAAUAAUCCUCUAGAAAACAAUAUAAAAGAAAAUAACAGAUUGAGAAGACUGUGCGAAGUUACGAAGUUACUUCUGAAAUGGUCACCAAGAGAAAGAAUCACAGUUAGUCAAGCUUUGCAACUAUUAUCAUAG